AUGCCUCAUAUUCCAGAUGAGAUAUGGCUUCAGAUCAUCGACUACGUACCAGCCGCAGACCUUUGGAAUAACAUGCGUCUGGCCUCGAAACAACUACUCCGCUGCGUAGAGGACUACGUCUCCAAGGCCCCUGGUAUGCUCGAGGACUUCACCAUAGGACUUGCGUUCUCGUUAGCAGCGGGCCCGCAUCACAGAUGGUACGAUGUCAGAGGGACCAUCACGUUCAGCUUUGUGGCAUUGAACAAGCAUAAUCACGACUAUGCGCGAUUCGCACGUUGCCUAGUUCACCCACAGCGAAUGUUUGAUCGCGGAAUCGAGCAGUGGCGCCGUAUCAGUAGUGGAGGCCCUGGCGAGCGGCAGGAUUGGCGAUUGCAACAUAGUAUAGACAGCACGAAGCUGGUUAAGCUACGCAAGGUGAUAGCCGACGCGGAUGGGGUCUACUGUGACUGGCGGGAGCUCUUUGAUGCUUAUUAUAAGCAGCAACAAAGGGACGUCUACGGCAGAAUCAUUGCAUAA